AACUCGACGUUUGAGGUUAACUCUCCCUUGAUCAAGUACGGAGGACGCAGUACGAGUACGAGUUACUCAUUCAGUCACAGGUCUGUUUGACUCACCGGGUUAACCCACAUGUGGUGGACUCGCUUAUCGUAAUUCGACGGACGAAGAGGCUCCGGCGAUCAAUGCGCCCGUGCGGUAGGAGUACAGAUCUCGUUUCUUUCCCUUCUCUUCUGUCCCGUACUCUUUCAUCGCUUCCUCGUCGUAUACAAAUCGUCGUAGAGUCGGCCUAGUUGACUGAAUCGUCAGCGGUGCUUCAGAGACUCAUACGGGAGCAUUCGUGAUAGAAUUGCCAGGAGUUGAACGAUACGCACUACAUCGGCUUAUCACCCCCGAUAACAAUACGCGCAAAUGGCAAUCGUUCCAGUAACAUCAUCGCCUGAGGUCACAGCACCACCAGCAGCUGCUCCAAGCACCGUUGAGAUUACAGAGCGGAUGCAGAAUGUAUCAAUUACACCCCCGGCGCCUCCUCGAUCUGCGGCUGCGCCGACUGCACGCUUCUCUGUGCCCAUCGAGGCCACCGCGCGUCCAACAUCCUCGGUCUACACUGACCGUAAGCUCCUCCGCCGGGAUAGUAUCGAGCGUCGCGAGGCCUUUCUGAGAGGCAAGGAGGGUUCGCGGCAGCGCCGCCGCUGGGAGAAUGCUCGUCUUCUCUCGAAUCCUUGGGUCGAGCCACCCCUUCCGUCCGAUUUUGAGGUGCAUCCAACCUACCCUCGACGCACUGUCCCAUACUACCUGGCGCCGCUGUGGGACGCGGCCGAGUUUCAGCGUGCCGUAGAGGCCAAACUCAAGGGCCGAAAGAACAGCACAAGAUCUCGAGGCAAAAGGAACACAGGAAUCAGCCCCAUGGAAGAAGCGGCAAUCAGUAUUCCCAAGGAAGUUCGUGCGAGGUUGAAGCGCGCAAAGGCUGCCAAGGGUCUGCUUCAGGACCUCGAAGAGAAUGUGCGGGCAUUUGUACAAAAGUGGAACGAGCGAGAAGCUCGACUGCGGGAAGAGGGGCUUCACGAUGUUCCUCUAGCGAGUGAUAGUGAAGAGGACGAAGAGAUCGUCUUCAUCGGUAGGAAUGGAGCCAUGCACGAUUCUCCCGGACGGAAGCAGCGGCAGAAAGAGGAGGGAUGGGACGAGACAAUCAGCUCAGAGAAAAUGGUCUUUGAGGGCCUGGACAAUGACAAGGGCGCGGCCUUCGCACGUUGGCUUGUGCAUUGUGUUGGAAGCUAUUACGGCUUGAAGACAUGGAGUGUAACUCGUGACGUCGAAGGGGAGGAGAAGAGGAGAGAAGCCUACGUUGGCGUCGAUCAGAGAGCCAGAGGCUUCAUGGGUCGAGGGGUUGAAUUUGGUCGAGAUGUUGAAUUGCCACGACCACUCUGGGGGAUGGUCUGAGACACCCUAGCCCUCCGCGUUCUCGAUUGUUCUUCUUGAGAGUGGCCAAUCCUUCUGAUUCGCUCGAUAAUGGUGAAAGUGUUGGCACUUGAUUCACAAAACCGUAAUGCAAUGGUGCGAUAGCUGUUUCCACACCCGGCAGCAGCCAGAUGUCGUUGACGGGAGCCUGCACGGUAUCCUUACAUUCCACCCUUUCUGUCUAUAGCCUGAACUUUUGAAUGCAACAGGCUGAAUGUAGCAUCAAAACCCCCCAAACUCUCAACGCGCUUUGGUGAUCAGUCCCCAAGUCUGAGUCUGUGCGUUUUGUGGAGUUGAAAAGAGGGACGUCUAUCUUUCCACAGUCGCACAGUGUGUCGUGGCAAAUGGCGUGAAAUUUCUUGACUCAGCCCUAGACAAGAGCGCUGUAAGUCCAAGCGUGAUGUUGGACGAGGGAGUACGCUACUGAGCUCUCAACAACACAUCGGAGACGCUCUCGCCACAACAGCUCAAGGGUGCCUACACAGGGAUCCAUCGCAAAGUGCUCUGAGGACGGCCAUUCUACGUAGACAUGACACAGAAGCGAGGCGGCUGGCGCAAGCUGGCUAUCCAAAACGAGGAGAGCCCGGGAAUCGAUAUGAUGAAGAGCCAGGCAAACAUAGACACGCGGUGGAGCCAGGGACGGAUACCUCAGAGGACGGAGGCGGGGAUUGUGCAGCCG